AUGCACCAGCGAUGGGGAGUUCAAACUCGAAGAAAGCCGAUAUUACUCGCGAAAUUCUGGAGGAGUACGCUCAGCUCACGUACUUGAAUAAAGCCGAAAUACUUCAUAUUUUUAGGCUCUUCAAGUCUUUGGCGCCCCAAGAACUGGUUGAAAACUUUAACCACCGAUUGCCGGCUCAAGAUAUUCUCAAAGUGCUUCCGCAACUUCGGUACAAUCCAUUUCGUGAAUCAAUCCUCCAAGUAUUUUCAUCCGAACAGGAUGGAAGAAUGAGUUUCGAGGACUUGUUGGAUUUGUGUUCAGCAAUGUCGGAUAAAUGUCCCGAGGACGUUCGUGCUGGUUGGGCAUUCCGCAUAUUCGAUUUCGACGGCGACAAUCAGCUGUCGAUAGACGACUUGAUCGAAGCGGUUGAGAGAAUAACAGGUUUCAACCACAAUGGCCGCAUCCGAAUAGACCGGGAUAGCGCGGAAUUUGUGGCUCAAGUGGUACUCGAGGAAUUGGAUCUCGAUCGGACGGGGAGCGUUGGACUUCAGGAAUUCGUGCAUACUGUUGUUAGGAUGCCGGAAUUCGGGCAUACUUUCAGGCUCAAUGCUUGAGGAAUUGCUCAAGGGGGUUUAGACACUUUUUUGAAAAUAUCAUCUUUGCAUUUUGGAGAAAUUUUGAGUAAUAAAAACUUUGCGCCGUGAAUUCUUAGACUAACGGAAAUGAAGGAAAUUUAAUUUAUGGCUGGGAAAAAUUGUUCCUUUUUCAGGAACUGGAUGAAACGAGUUGACGGAAUUUCAAAGGGGGUAAGUAAUUUUAAAAAAUUCUCUGAAAUGCGAGGUGGUUGACAGCUGUGGGCGCCAUCUUGCUUGGAUACCCCCUCCCUCUGGCGGAAGGGACUUCAAAGCUGGCGGCGCCUUCACCUCGUGUUUUUAAAUAUUUCUUUAAAUUAUUUAGUCUCUUCAAAUUGCCGUAAAUCCGCGUCAUUCGAUUGCUAUGAUGUGAACAAAUUUCUGAAGACAUUUUUGCAUUAUGAACUUCUGUUUUUUCAACGAAUUCAUAACGCAAUUUUUUUUCAAUGAAUUUAUCCAAAAGAAAGAACCAUAACAAAAAAUUCUUUCUGUGCCAACGUUUCGAACCACUAGGAGUUUUUCAUCGGGGCAAUUUAUUGAAUCUAAAACCAAAUUACAAAAAAAAAUAGAAUUGAACCUGUUAUUUUUCCAUAGCCGGUAAUUUGAAUUACCACAAGGAUUUGUCUUACAAAAAUAAAAUGUCGCUUAAUUGUUUACCAAAUUA